AUGAGUUGCAGCAUAUGUGCACGUACUGCCAGCAACCGUUCGCCCUUCUAUUGCCCUACUUGUGCCCGGAGCCACUUGUAUACCUUGCGAUAUGAAACUGCUCGUGUUCUGCUCGAGAAGGAGUCCAUAGGGCGAGAGGUAGAGGCGGCGGUCUCUGGAGAUGCUGAUGAUGCACAAAAUAUACACAACGUUGCCCAUAAGGCAGGAAGCCGCGAAGGGAAUCUCAAAUGGGGCGUUCAAGCUGCCCAAACAGAACAGGCUCGGUCCUUAGACCGAAUACGGACAAUGCGUCACUGUGCAGAGACCCUGAAAACCGAAAUAGAACAGAGGAAAACCCAGAUUCACAGAAUGAGGUUGCAGCUGAGACAACGCCGCUCAGAUGCCGAGUCUGCAAACUUUCAGCUCAGUGAACGACGGAAUGCUGCCUUGGCGAACAUUCAGAACGGGAUCAAAAGGACAGAGCACCUUUGGCACUCGUUACACAAUAAGACUGCUGAAUCUAGAAUAUUCCUAUGCCGCGAGGCUGCACAUUUGUACGGUCUUCGCCGGGAAUUUGAAAGGAAAGAAGGGGGCCAACGGGGUGGUGAACAAUACUACAUUGGAGGUGUUCCGAUUGUUGAUUUGAGAAAUUUGAACGGGGCCUCACCUUCACAAAUAUCCACGGCUCUAUGCAAUAUAUCCCAUCUGCUCAUAGUAGUCUCUCACUACCUGUCCCUUAGAUUACCUGCGGAAAUUAUUUUGCCUCACCGCAAUCAUGCAACACCAACAAUCUUUGCCCCAGCUACAUCCUAUUCAACAGGUCAGGAUGCUUUAGGCGAUACCUGGCAUCCUUACACGGCCUCAAACCCCCGAGAUGCAAGAAAACACCGUUCUCGUCCUCUAUCAGUAGAAAAGACACUCCCGAGACUUGUUAAAGAAGAACCCGCUACAUACGCGCUCUUCGUCGAGGGAGUAUCUCUCCUAGCGUGGAAUAUAUCAUGGCUUUGCCGUACGCAAGGCCUGAACGUUGGCUCGGAUUCCUGGGAAGACAUUUGCAAUAUCGGCAAAAACAUAUGGCAACUUCUGGUAUCACCAACAGCGCCGAAUACCAAUGCCAUGAGGGCAGUAUCAGGUCGUGAUCUUCGAACGAAAUUGCCCACCACAAAUGACAACAAUAGCAACACCAAGAGCCAGCCCAAGACCAUCAUCCAGCGAACGAAAUCAUUCCCCAUGCUCGGACAUUACUCGCACGGGACAUCCCAUUCCUUCCUCGGUGCGGCCGAAGGAGUGGAGUUUAUGAAGACAUGGAAAUUGCCCACUCCGGCCAAAAUUGCCGAUAAACUCAAAUCUGCAUUAUUGGGGGAAAUGGCCAAUGCGGAGUGGGAGCUACUUGAAGAAAAAGAAUGGGAUGAUGAAGCCGAUUCCUCCGAGAAGAACAAAUAUGCUCGAGAUAAUAUCACAACAACAACAACUACUACUACUACUACUACCGAAGGGAGAACAACGUCUGUCGGAGAUAACAAUACUACUAGGCCUAUACAGCCUGCUACUAGCCCAGGUAAUAGAGUCAGCGGCACGAGCGGUUGGACCAAGUUGAAGAGCAAACAAGAAAGAUAA